UUUUAUUUUUUCAAAGAAAGACAAGGGAAAAGAAUAAGCAGAGGUGGUAAAAAUUGUUUUCAGUUCCCGACUGCAACAGAAUCCAAAUAAUCAAGUAAAUAGUCUAUUUGGAGGUUGGAACCUAUUCUGCAACGAAAAUGACAUUACCAGCUAAAGUAUUUACACUUUCGCGAACUGGUCAGCGUAUGUUUGGGACCAGUCUCCGCUUAUGUGCAGCUGGUAAAGAUAUAGUAACUGUACCGAAAGGUUAUGUGUAUGUCAACAAUAAAGAGCUAAGUAUGGAAAUUAAUGAGAUCACUGACCGCGCAGCAACAACCAUGUUUUUAGGAGAACUUUUCCGUGGUUUUGCUGUGACUUUGGCGCAUAUAUUUAAAGAACCAGCCACUAUUAACUAUCCAUUUGAAAAGGGUCCCUUAAGUCCACGUUUCCGUGGCGAGCAUGCUCUUCGUCGAUAUCCCAGUGGAGAGGAGCGUUGCAUUGCUUGCAAAUUGUGUGAAGCAAUAUGUCCAGCACAAGCCAUAACAAUUGAAGCAGCUACUCGAUCGGAUGGAAGUAGGCGAACAACACGCUAUGAUAUAGACAUGACCAAGUGCAUCUAUUGCGGUUUUUGUCAGGAAGCUUGUCCUGUUGAUGCUAUUGUUGAGGGCCCGAACUUUGAAUUCUCAACUGAGACACAUGAAGAAUUAUUAUACAAUAAGGAGAAGUUGCUUUGUAAUGGCGAUAAAUGGGAAUCUGAAAUUGCAUCGAAUUUGCAAGCAGAUCACUUAUACCGAUAAAUUAUUUGAGUUAGACUGACUAAAGUCCUCAAAUUCGUUAACUAUAUUAUACUUCAAUUUAGCUUGAAUAAAAGCAAAAGUUAAUGCAACACAUA